AUGGAGGCGGUUUCCGCAGCCGCCAGUGUCGCAGGCCUGUUGUCCGUCGCAGGCCAUGUCAUCAAUGGACUUGUCAAGCUCAAUGCCUUCAUUCAGGACUUUAAGGAAGCAGAUGCACGGGCGCAACGGCUGACUCUGGAAGCUCAACUUCUCUCGCAGACAAUAAUUGACUUCAAGUCUCUGCUCAACACGUUGGACGAAAAGGCGCUGGAUGAAAGCCGAGUCCUUUGGGUCCAGCACUUUGCCACUUUCUCUUCCCGUCUCGAGGAUUGCGUUCAGGAUUUGGACACCUGGACCGAAUCUUACCGACCUGGAGAUGGACCAUCCUCAAAGCGCCAAAAAUUAAUUGAGGAAAUAUCAAGCAAGAGAAGCCGGGAGAUUUCUGAGAUGGAGUCCAAGUUGGCGCGUCAUCGGUCGCAGAUUGUUCUUAACAUGAGUACUAUGAAUGGGUGA